UAUGUGUAUAUAUAUAUGUUCUUCCAUUUUUUUUUCUUUUGGAAUAAUAAAUUUUAUUUCCCCUAUUUUCUAUAUGGUAUCAUAGAUAACUGGGGUUUAGGUAAAAUUAGGGUUUAAUUUUCAAUCGCAGCUUUGAGUUCCGCCGCCGCUAGUCCCAACAAUUGCUGCUACUUCCUUUCAAACCCUAAUUAUACCAAACAUCUAGUUUUUCUUCUACUUCAAUUUGAGUUAUCUUUCCCACUAACCAACACCAUAAUUCAUCUCUCAACAUACCGGCGACACCAACCACGAUGAGAGAGCCGUCAUACGUGCCCCCAUGCGCCUUCAUCGGAGGACGACCUAGCACAAUACAAAAUCCACUCUGCACCAAAUGGCAGUUUCCGUCUACAUUUCCCGGCGGCCAUUCACCCCGCAGCCGCUGCCCCGCCGCCCCGCCGCCGCGCUCUGCGCCUCGACCUCAAUCAACUUCCGUCAUGCACCGUCUCUCGUCCGAUGCUCCCUCCACCGCCCCGAAUACAUCCCCAGCCACAUUCCAGACCCUAGGUACGUUCGCAUAUUCGACACCACUCUACGCGACGGCGAGCAGUCCCCCGGCGCCACCAUGACCACCAAGGAGAAGCUAGAUAUCGCCCGACAGCUUGCGCGCCUUGGCGUCGACAUCAUCGAGGCAGGCUUCCCCGCCUCCUCCGACGCCGAUUUCGACGCGGUCAGACUCAUCGCGCAGGAGGUCGGGAACGCAGAGUGCGACCAUGUCCCGGUCAUUUGCGGCCUGGCGAGGUGUAACAAGCGGGACAUCGAUCGGGCUUGGGAGGCCGUGAAGGGCGCGAACAAGCCGAGGAUUCACACGUUUAUCGCCACCAGCGAGAUUCACAUGACUUACAAGUUGAAAAUGUCACCGGAGCAGGUUAUUGACAAGGCUCGGAGUAUGGUGGCUUACGCCAGGAGUUUGGGCUGCGACGAUGUCGAAUUCAGCCCCGAAGAUGCAGGAAGAUCAGACAGGGGUUUUCUUUAUCAAAUUCUUGGAGAAGUUAUAAAUGCAGGGGCAACAACUCUUAACAUUCCUGAUACAGUUGGCUACACACUGCCCAAUGAAUUUGGACAAUUGAUUGCUGAUAUAAAAGCCAACACCCCUGGAAUUGAAAAUGUAGUAAUUUCAACCCACUGUCAGAAUGACCUUGGACUUUCUACAGCUAAUACCUUAGCGGGGGCCCAAGCUGGUGCAAGACAAUUAGAGGUGACUAUUAAUGGCAUUGGUGAAAGAGCCGGCAAUGCUUCAUUAGAGGAGGUUGUGAUGGCCUUGAAAUGUCGGGGAGGUCAAUUGUUAGAUGGUCUUUAUACUGGAAUCAAUACCCAACACAUUACUAUGGCAAGCAAGAUGGUUGAAGAGUACAGCGGCCUGCGUGUCCAGCCUCAUAAAGCAAUUGUUGGAGCUAAUGCCUUUGCCCAUGAAAGUGGCAUUCACCAGGAUGGGAUGCUAAAACAUAAAACAACUUAUGAGAUUAUAUCUCCAGAAGAAAUUGGACUUCUUCGGAGUAAUGAAUCUGGUAUAGUUCUUGGAAAACUCAGUGGCCGCCAUGCUCUAAAAGCCAAAAUAUUGGAGCUUGGUUUUGAUAUUGAUGGCAAGGACCUUGAUGAUCUAUUCGUACGUUUCAAGACUAUAGCAGGAAAUAAAAAGAUUAUCACUGAUGAUGACCUAAUUGCCCUUGUUGCGGAUGAAGUGUUCCAGCCACUAGUCGUCUGGAAACUUGAAGAUGUACAGGUCACAUGUGGUACUCUUGGCCUUUCAACUGCAACUGUUAAACUCACUGAUGCUAAUGGCAAUGAGCAUAUUGCUUGUUCAGUUGGAACAGGACCAGUUGAUGCUGCAUAUAAGGCUGUUGAUCUUAUUGUUAAGGUUCCUGUUACACUCUUAGAGUAUUCAAUGAAUGCAGUCACUGAAGGUAUUGAUGCAAUAGCCACAACAAGGGUUCUAAUUCGUGGUGAGAAUAGUGCUGAAGCAACACAUGCUUUGACAGGAGAAACCAUCAAUCGUGCAUUCAGUGGAACUGGAGCAGCAAUGGAUAUCGUCAUAUCCAGUGUCCGGGCCUACAUUGGUGCACUAAAUAAGCUGGUGGGAUUCUGGGAUCGCUUGGAAACUAGCAACUCUGAUGAUGAUGCAUACGCGAAUCAUUUCUCUUGCAUAGUAAAGCUAUGAGUAUGUCAUUGGAGAAAUUAUCAUUCCUUUCUUCUCAUUUUAUGUGAAGAAAGUUGCAAUGUUUUCAUUCUUCCCUGAUGCAAGAAAUUAUCGGUCGGGGUUGGAACUGAUCUUCCUUCCAGCCAUCAAUGCAACUGUAUUACAUGUCACGGAGAAGCUACAUAGGCAAGGAUCUAUAUGACAAGUUGUUUGGGGUUGUGGAUUUUCGGAACACAUUAGCAUAAAAAAAAUAAUAAUAAAAAAAAAAUCAUCGAAAUUAUAUGUGCAUUGGGACUUUCUUUCUUUAUAUAGGCAUUGUGACUAUGCUCAGAAAAAAAAAGUGGUCAGACCAUAGGAUUCAAACGAAAUGUAUCUGUCUUGUAACUUCCAAAAUAUUAGAGUGUACUUGUCUUGCAUGAUAAUUGUGAUGAGCUGGGUAUUUAACCUUUUGCUAGUGAUUUCAUUCCAUUGUUUUGGUCAUAAAAAAUGUUGAGUUCCAUUGAAUUGUCUGAGGCAAGUAAAGUACAGACAAUGCAGAUGGGUUGAAGACCCUUGUAGAGGAGCUAAAAUAAAUGAUUUAUAUUGAUGGCUGAACAAUUGAAAGUGGUUUACGACUGAUUUCAUUCAUCUUAUGUCUUGGCUUCUUGUUGACUUAACAGAUCAGCAUUCAUAUCACAACCGUCGGCUGAAUGACACCUUUUGUAAUACCCCGGAGUUGGACCGUUGCUUGGCCAACUUCUGUGGAUGAACCAAUGCCAGGUCAUUCGAAGUUGAUUAGAAGUUAAAUGGAUUGAAUAGCCUACUAGAUUCAACAAUGUGCACAUUCAUUUUCGGGAGCUCUACCGAAAGAAUUUUAGAGUUAAGGAACUUGUCCUUAAGUAAUUUGAGAAUAACUCCUCGGAAGUCUCCCAGGGUGCACAUGAGUGAGAACAGAAGCGCGUUGGAAAGAUUUGUGUUGACCUAUGGAGUCAGCCUAUGAUAUUUCGACAUGCCUGAUUUUGCGUGGAUUGCGGACCGAGGUGUUACACCUUUCAACUUGCGCAAUUGGAGAUAAGAAUUCUACAACCCCACCUCUACCAUCUGUCUUCUAUAGGUUUGUGGUGAAAAGGAUGGGUUUCUCUAGGUUUUGUAUGCCUUGUGUUUCGUAUCAAUAUGUUGAAUUUGCCCAAUCACUUAGGCGAACUUCUUUUAAACAAAGAAUGCAGUGUCAACCAAGUCAAGAAAAAAUGCUGGGUAUAAAUGCUAUUUUGUUAAGUUUAUAGUUUAAUUGUUUUCAAGGACUUUGACAAUUUUGAAGUCAUGACUCAUGGAAUAACUUAUGU